AUGAGUCUCGAGCUUCAGGAUGGGGAGCAGACGACGCCGCAUGUUAGGACGACUGGAGACCUCGCUGAUGUACCCGAGCAGGCUCUCGAAGGCAAAGACCUCCACCUAACAGCGCGCCUCUUCGCCCUCCUGGCAGACGCGACGGUCGGCACCGCCGGCCACGAAUGUGAGCACGGCUCGAAUGGGCAAGCUAAGAUGAUGCGGGUAGCGGCUGGGUAUUUCGAAAGGAGUCACGACGCUUACGCAAGCCUGAACAACCACUCCGGUAUUCUGCACUGCUUGCUCAUGAGAGAGACGAUCGCGCGGUGGGAUGGGGACGAGGCUACGGCGGGGCAGAUGGAGGAGCGGUAUCUGCAGGUUCUUGCUGACCACGAUGCGGCGGUGGGUGACGGAGGUGGAGGUGCUGCGUUUUUGCAAGCCGCUUGA